UUCCCCUCCCGCCCCUAUCGCUGCGCUGCCUGCUGCUACGCCGUCGUUCCCCCGCCCCACGAUCCUCAAAGCCUCUCCCGCUGUUUCUGACAUCUCUUGCGGUGGCAACAUGGCUCGAUCUCACGACGACGGCAGGGAGGCAGCCAAUGCGCUGCGCGGCGAGGAGGGCCGGCGUGCGGCCUGCGAGACGGGGCUGCGGAAGAAGGAUAAGAAGAGGAAGAGGAAGAGCGACAAGGCUCCGCAGCCACAUCCACCUGCCCCGUCCCAGGAGAACCGCGCUACCUCCAGCGCCGCCGAUGGGUUCGAUUGGGCCAGUGUUGCUGUGGCCCAGAGGGUGCGUGAGAUAGUUGCCAUGAACGCAAAGAGCUUGCCAGCUGACGAGAUAUUUCAAAGCCUCACUAGGGAGCGUGACCAUAGUAUGGAGGAUACAUUUGGCGACUCCGAUGAUGGCAGCCUUGAGAGUCUCCAGGCUCGUAAAGUUGCCUUAUUGGUCUCAAAGUCAAUUGCCAGCUUGUCUUCUUAUGCAGGUGGAAAGAGGAUCCGUGUCUGUUCAGGAUUUGUGAUGUGUCAGUCAGACAAUACUGGUACAAGUAUGAUCUUAACUUCAGCAACACUUGUUAGAUCUCUGAAUGGAGAUAAUAACAUGAUACCUGAUGUGAAGGUCAAGGUGCUUCUAUCUGAUGGGCAUAUAACUGAUGGCCAUAUCUUUCUUGUGGAUUUUCACUAUAAUGUAGCUGUUGUCAAAGUUGCAGCAAAUUUAGCGCACCUUGAAGUCUUUCAUCUGAAAGGCCCUACCCACAAUGGAUCUGUGCUAGCACUUGGACGUGCAUAUGAAGGUGGUAGUCUCAUGUGUUCACGUGGUCAAGUUGUAAACCAAACAAGCAUCUUUGGGUGUUCGGAACUCUUUGUGUCAAGCUGCAAGAUUUCCAUGGCUGGUUCUGGAGGACCUCUUGUGAAUUACAAUGGUCAAGUUCUUGGUGUCAAUUUUUACGAAAAGAAUCAGACAUCGCACCUCCCAAUGCUGAUUGUUUCAAGGAUCCUGGAACAACACCAGAGCUAUGGAAAAACAAUUAGCCCUUGGCUUGGAUUAAAGUACACUUCUCUUCAAACGAUGCCACUGAGAGUCCUGGAGCGAAUCUAUCAGAAAUUCCCGGAUGUUGACCAGGGUUUAUAUAUUUCAGACGUUGCAGAGGGGUCACCUGCUGAUGUUGCUGGAUUAUGUAACGGUGAUGUUCUUGUCAAAUGCAAUGGAAAAGUUCUAUCCAGUGCCACAGAGUUUGCUGCGAUGUUACUGGAUGUUUGCAAGGAGAAGUUGGAAGCCUUUGGAGAUUGUGCAGGGGAAACCAUGGUAGUUCAGCCAUCUCUUUUUUAA